AUGCCGACCAUUCCCGAUGUGCCUAUGUACCCUCAUCGCGACGGGUGCUCCUCUCCUCUUGACGUGUCUCUGCUGUCGCCUGGCGAAACUCCAAUGGCGGCACCUCCAUUCUCCGUCCGUCUCCUCGCGUACGAAAACGAGCACAACAACGCGUCCCGACAAGGUCGCGACCAGCUCCUGGCGCUUCUGCCCGCGUCCUACCGCAAAGAAUCUGGUGACCUGGGCACUGCGGGUCUGCAUGACUGGCUCUGGAUCGCGGGUCUGCCGUUGCCGCCACGUGCCCUGCACCACCAGCUCUUGCUAGGUCGCGAGGUCUUCGUCACGGAACAGAUGGGCAUGCAUCUGGUCUGGACAGCAGGGCGCUUGUUCCUCAAGCCGAUACCGCGUUUCCUCCUGGAGCCGGGCUUCUGA